UUCCUCUCUCCCCACACCCUCUCUGUCAUUCCCUCUUUCCCUUGCCACCCAUCCAGCUGUUCAAUUAAUCCAGUCUAUCUUUGUGUCUGAUGGUGAGUGUUAUCUGCUGCUGCCUGGCAUGAGGUCGGUCUCUGAGAUUCCCACCUGCAUAUUCCCCUCCUAAUCUUUUCCAGGGAGCAGCAGGUACUUCCAGAAAAUGCCUGAAAGAAGCUUCAAGCUGUAGAAACUGUUACAGAAAAACACAACAUAGAGCUCUGGGACUUUUGGAGUUAAGCUAUCAAAAUGGCGGAAAAUAAAGAAAGUAAUAGUAAAAAUGUCGAUGUAAGACCCAAAACCACCCGUAGUAGGAGUGCAGACAGAAAGGAUGGUUAUGUAUGGAGUGGAAAGAAGCUCUCAUGGUCAAAAAAGAAUGAGAAUUGUUCUGAUGGUGAAGCAGCAAGUAGUGUAGGAAAACCAGUGGCUGGUUUAAGGAGCCAAGAGAGGAAGCACAGUUGUUCAUCUAUUGAACUGGAUUUAGAUCGUUCAUGUGGCCACCGAUUUUUAGGCCGGUCUCUUAAACAGAAAUUGCAAGAUGCUGUGGGACAGUGUUUUCCUAUAAAGAAUUGUAGCAGUCGGCACUCUUCAGUACUUCCAUCGAAGAGAAAAAUUCAUAUAAGUGAAUUAAUGCUAGAUAAGUGUCCUUUUCCACCACGAUCAGAGCUAGCUUUUCGAUGGCAUUUAAUUAAAAGACACACUGCCCCCAUAAGUCAAAAAUCAGAAGAUUGGAUAAACCCUGAUUUAUCCCAAAAUGAAGAGAAGGAUGAUCAUCUGAGAGAUGGAGCGAGCACAGGGGGAGGAAACUCUGUCUCACGGCCGUGUGACAUUACAGAUAGCAACUCCUGUAAAUGUGAUCCUAGGACUGAAUCGGUUAUGAGUAAGGUGUUAAAGAACAAUAAAGAGGAGAGUGAUAUGGACUCUGAUGAUGAAGUUAUAACACUUUGCACAAGUUCUAGAAAGAGGAACAAACCCAAAUGGGAAACGGAUGAUGAACUGCUACAUUUGGAAUCUCCUCCCAAAUAUCAUACCCAGAUUGAUUAUGUCCACUGUCUUGUCCCAGACCUUCUCCAGAUCAAUAACAAUCCAUGCUACUGGGGCGUAAUGGACAAAUAUGCAGCUGAGGCACUACUAGAAGGAAAGCCAGAAGGAACUUUUUUACUACGAGACUCUGCCCAAGAAGACUAUUUGUUUUCUGUUAGUUUUAGACGGUAUAGUCGUUCUCUUCAUGCAAGAAUUGAACAGUGGAAUCAUAACUUCAGCUUUGAUGCUCAUGAUCCUUGUGUCUUCCAUUCUCCUGACAUUACUGGUCUCUUAGAGCAUUAUAAAGACCCAAGCUCUUGUAUGUUCUUUGAACCACUUUUAUCCACUCCCUUACACAGGACUUUUCCUUUUUCCCUUCAGCAUAUAUGCAGAACAGUUAUUUGCAACUCUACAACAUAUGAUGGCAUUGAUGCUCUUCCUAUUCCUCCAUCUGUCAAGUUAUAUCUGAAAGAAUAUCACUAUAAAUCAAAAGUUAGAGUACUCAGGAUCGAUGUACCAGAGCAACAAAGCUAGAAUGUAGUUUUUUGGGGGAAUAGGGGUUGUCUCUUAAUCUGAUAAAAUUUGUGGUGUCCUUCCUCCCUUGAAUUUUUUCCUAUGGCAAUUUGAAUCUUUUCUGCAGAUAAUUUACAGUCCAAAUUGAUCUCUCCCUGGGUCUUUCUAUCCAAAUGUCCUUUGACUUUUCCUGCCACCCCUUUUUAGUCAACUCACUCGAGUCUGUUUUUUUGGUAAUGUUCAUACCCUAGGGUUUUAUGGAAUUUCAGGUAGGUUUUCUAGGGUUUCCACAUAGGGAUAGUCUUUAGAUUUAAAAAUAAAAAUUCAUAUUUGAA